ACAAAGAAGUUCGAGUCUUCGACUAGGUCUACCUGCCAAAUCGCAUGGCCUACCCACUCUGCGUGAAUCGUCUUGCCGUUUAUAUUGCCAUUUUUGGGUAGACUUUUCAGAACAUUAAUGGCCGCUAUCAUCUUCAGUAACUAAUUUGAAUCCCUUCAAUUUCUGGUUUUAUUCAUUGACCUCCCCAAAUCACACACACAACGCACUAAUCUAGCUGAUUGUUUCGGUGAUACUAUCGAAGUAGGAGAUGUUAUUGACAAGGGGAGUGUCCCGUAUAUCGAGGACAUGUUACUGCCGGCGUCAAUGGACUUUCUCUUCUUUACGUAAAAACGAGCAGCAAUUGGUCCAGCAUGACAACCAAUUUCUCUCCCCCUUGCGCGCUUCUGAGGAGGUUUGGCGUUUCAGAGCAAUUCAUUCUUUGGUUUCAAGUGCUCUAAGUGGCGUGGGACAACAAGCUCACGAUCAAAGUAGUUCUGUAAUUGAGAAGCGAUUAGAUCCAUUUUCUCUAGUUGCCGAUGAAUUGUCAAUUCUUGCGAAUAAUUUAAGGUCCAUGGUAGUUGCAGAGGUCCCAAAGCUUGCCACUGCUGCAGAGCACUUCUUCAAGAUGGGAGUAGAAGGAAAGAGAUUUCGACCAAUGGUUUUGUUGUUGAUGGCAACAGCUUUAAAUAUGCCAAUGUCUGUACAACCUGCUGCUGCUACUGUUGAUAUUUUGCCCACAGAAUUACGCUCAAGACAUCAAUGUCUGGCUGAGAUCACAGAGAUGAUUCAUGUGUAUGUCAUGCUACCAAUAAUUAAGCCUAUUAUUCAUGAUAAUAUGGUGUCUAAUCUUCUUUCUAGGAUUUAUAUCUUAAUCUUCACUGCUAUUAGCAUGAUAUCUGUCUUUAAUCAUAAACUUUUUGUGGCGUAUCAAUUAAUAGAUGACAUUCUUGAUUUCACUGGCACAACAACUUCACUCGGGAAGGGAUCUUUGUCCGACAUUCACCAUGGCAUUAUUACUGCUCCAAUAUUGUUCGCUAUGGAGGAGUUUCCUGAGCUCCGGGCUGUUGUUGAUCGUGGAUUUGACAAUCCUGCGAAUGUGGAUCUUGCACUGGAAUACCUGGGAAAGAGUCGCGGAAUACAGAGAACGAGGGAGCUAGCGAUAAAGCGUGCUAACCUUGCCUCGUCUGCAAUUGAUUCACUUCCCAAGAAUGACGAUGAUAGUGUCCAAGAAUCAAGACGGGCACUUGUAGAAUUACCGCAAAGAAUUAUUACUAGAACAAAGUAAGACUUGCGGUGAAAGCUCGGGUUGACAAACAGUAACAGGAAUAGGAAAAAGAAAACAUUUUUGUUCCUCUUACCAUUUAUCAUGAGAAAAGAGACAAAUCUCAAUCCAUACUCGUACCUGUGCUCGUUUUGAGUUGUGCUCUUUUUGCAGAAACAUUGUUUCCCUUUUCUUUUUCAUUUUUUUCUUUUAUGUUUCUUGAUUAAGGAGGAUAAAUUAAAUUCUAUUGUUUAGUAAUUGAUAAUUGUUAUUUCAUAAAAUAAAACUCAAUAUGUUAUAGGUCA